CCUUCCUCUGGGCUGUUGUGAAAUACUUCCCAGCCACAUGCAGCACUCAUGUGAUAGGGAGCCGCGGAGAGAGGACUGACCACCAGAGACCACCUGGAGUGGAGGAGCUUCGGAGCUGGCUUUGGCGAGCAAGCAGAAAGGACAGAGAAACGACACCGCUGCUCGGGAGUCAAGAGUUCCAAGCAGCUGGGUGAACCGCCGAAACUGGAAUUGACCGGAUCGAUGGAUUACCGACGGAAGUUGGGAGGUUGUCUUUGGCAGUGAACUUCGCAGCGUUCGCAGACCUCUGCUUCUGCAUUUUCCAUUUUCCACCUCUACCUGAUGAUCUGACGGCCAUGAAGCGCCUCAGAGCCAAGGCCGGGAAGCGGACCGAUGCCGCCGAGGGUCCUGAUGGAGGCUGGGGCUGGGUGAUGGUGGCAGCCCUGUUUGUCAGCACCAGCUUGGUGUUCGGCUUGAUGCGAGCUUUGGGCGUCUUUUUUGUGGAGUUUGUACAUUACUUUGAGGAGACCGCUCAGUCCAUCUCCUGGAUCUCAUCCAUAGGCCUGGCCUGCCAGCAGUUCUUCAGUCCACUUGCUGCUGCUCUGUGUAACGCCUAUGGCACUCGAGUGGUGGUGAUGACUGGGGGCUUCAUGGCGGGACUUGGCUUCAUCCUUGCCUCCCAAGCCACUACCCUUCUUCACCUCUACCUCACAAUGGGGGUCAUCUCAGGGCUUGGCUGGGGAAUGGUCUUCUCUCCGCUGGUCGCCACAGUCAUGGCUAACUUCACCCGUCACCGGAGCUUGGCAGUAGGCGUGGCGUUCACCAGCAUUGGCAUCUCCUCUUUUGCUUUCAACCCAUUGUUCCAAUGGCUAUUGGAAGUCUUUGCUUGGAGAGGGGCUCUGCUGAUCCUGGGUGGUCUCAGCCUCAACAUUGUUCCUUGUGGCGCUCUUGUCCGUUCACAGCGACCCUCGAUAAAACCAAAUGACGAACAAGAAAAUGGAUCUUUAUCUUGUCGGACGAUGUUGCAGCGGCUGUCCUCGUACCUGGAGCUGUCUUUGCUCUUGGAGAGGCCUUAUGUCACCUACACUUUGGCCGUGACUCUCCUAAACGUCGGAUAUUUUGUUCCGUAUUUCCACCUGGUGGCUCACAGCCAGCACGCUGGCUUCUCUGAAUACCAAGCAGCCUUCGUCAUGUCGGCUGCAGGUGCUACGGAUAUUCUGGGUCGUGUGGUGUCGGGUUGGACGUCAGAUUUGGGCUACUUCCGGCUGAUCCAUCUGCUUAGCUUGUGGACUACACUGGCCGGAGUGUUCAUCAUGUUGCUCCCUGUGAGCUCCCUGUCCGGCUCUUACCCGACCCUGGUGGCCAUCAGCCUCUUGUAUGGCUUCUGCUCCGGGGCGCUGACCUCCUUGGUGUUCGCUGCGGUGCCCAUGGUGGCAGGAGUGGAGCGUGUGAUGGGCGCUCUCGGCCUUCUGCAGCUGAUAGAAAGUGGUGCAGGACUCCUGGGAACACCACUAUCAGGACUCCUCAGGGACCUCACCGGCAACUACACCGCUUCAUUCCUGGUUGCAGGGUCUUUCCUCAUCCUCGGCACAUUGACCAUGGCCACCCUGCCUCACUACUUCUCCUGCACUGACCCUCCUCCACCCAAAAGGAGGACCGCCCUGAACCAAAACAAAGAUCCCCAUUUGGCGCUGGAAUCCACAAACAUUCAAACAUAAAGGAGUGUGAUCAUCAGUAUUUAUUUGUAUUCAUCAUGGGAUUUGGUUUAAACUUGAAGCUGCUGCUGUGGUCGAUAGAUUCUACUCCAAACGAACGGCUGUCUGUUCAAAGUCAUUGUUUACACAUUAUUCAAAGUUUCGUUUGACAAGCUGUGUUUUACGUAUUACUCAAGAAAGUAAAUGACCUACAAAGUCAAAGUUUUUUUUUUCAAAGCAAUCACAAAGUAAAGAGUUGCUACUCAGUUGUAAGUAGUUGAUUUACCUGAAUUACAAUAAUAAAUUACUGACAAUAGCUGUUCACCAUCCGACACUAAGCAAAUUCUGUGAUUUUUAUUGUGUAACAGGGCA